UUUCCCAUCCCUUAGCUUGGACAGCAUCUCUUUUUUUUUUUUAUAUCUUUGCCUAAAAAUACACUCCCCAUCACCACUAUAAGUUCAUCUCUGCCACUCCAAUUCCAGCAAAUCCAGUCUUUCAGUUUUACUUUUCAAAGUUAAAACAAACAAAAGUUAAUAUUAACAAAAUUCUCCGACCGAUCAUAACCGUUAUUUUUACCCCAAACCCAAUAUUCAUCCAAACCUAUUUACUUCUCUAAUCCAAUUAGCUUCAGCUAUUAUCAUUGAUUUUCUCAAGUUUUGCUCAUUUUAUUAUUAGUUUAUUUUUCUUUUUUGCCUUGAAAGAACGCUCACUUUCAUGGAUGAAAUGUACGAUUUCUACUCCACGGGAGAGUAUGCUGACAAAGCGUUGAUGUCACCAGAAAACCUUAUCCUUCCAUCUGAUUACGAAGCUUGGCUUUGCUCUUCGGAUCGGGUUCCCAUGUUUGGAUCCGACGAGUUAAUAUCUGCUGCCUCUGCCAUAUCCGAAGCUGCUUCCAUCACCCCUGAAAUUCAACGAGAAGAAGACAUGUCAAGCGUGAUGAAAGCCAAAAUCGCUUCCCACCCUUCUUAUCCUUGUUUGGUCGAAGCUUAUAUUGGUUGUCAGAAGGUUGGGGCACCUCCGGAGAUUGCAAGUAUAUUAGAUGAUAUUCUGAGAGAGAACGAUGUUAACAAGCGAAAUAUCGUCCCAACGUGCUUGGGAGCCGAUUCUGAGCUCGACGAGUUCAUGGAAACUUACUGCGAUAUGUUGGUGAAAUAUAAAUCUGAUCUUUCAAGGCCUUUUGAUGAAGCGACCACCUUUCUAAAGAAGAUUGAAAUGCAGCUUCAAAACCUGUGCACGGGUGCCUCCAUUAGAAGACCUUCUGAUGGAAGUGCUGUAUCAACAGACGAAGAUUUUAGUGGUGGGGAGGUAGAUGCACAAGACGCACAGCCGAGAAGUGAAGACGGAGGGCUGAAAGAUAGGCUGAUUCGUAGAUUUGGCAGUCACAUUAGCACCUUGAAGAUGGAGUUCUCAAAGAAGAAGAAGAAAGGAAAACUACCAAGAGAAGCAAGACAAACAUUGCUUGAGUGGUGGAAUGUUCACUAUAAAUGGCCAUAUCCAACGGAAGCUGAUAAGAUAGCAUUGGCUGAGUGCACGGGACUGGACCAGAAACAAAUCAACAAUUGGUUUAUAAAUCAAAGAAAGCGACACUGGAAACCAUCUGAGAGCAUGCAAUUCGCUGUUACGGAUAAUAUGUCUGGACAAUUCUUGGCAGACGACUGAGAGGCAACUACAAUAUUAUUCUCAAAUGGAUAUCCAUAUCAUCAACUAUAUAUACUUUAAAUUAGCUUGUUUUGCCUUUGCCUUCCAUUCCAUGUAUAUUUUGAAUGCAAGAAUGUAUUGCGGACUUCACUGAGAUUGGAAUAUGCUUAUUU